AUGUCAUACGGAUCUGCAGCAGCUGAUAGACUUAGAGGUAAAACCAUCCUCAUCACCGGUGCCUCUGCUGGUAUUGGUGAGCAAACAGCCAUUGAUUACGCGGAAGCUUCCAACGGUGAAGUUACACUGAUUCUCACAGCCAGAAGAUUGGAGAAGCUGGAAGAGCUGAAGUCCAAACUGGAGAAGGACUUCUCCACCAUCAAGGUCAUCAUUGCCAAGCUGGAUGUUUCCGACUUGAAGGAUAUUGACACUUUCUUUGAAACCUUUGCGGAGGCUCUCUCAAAGGUUGACAUUCUCGUCAACAACGCCGGAAAAGCACAAGGAUUGGAUAAGAUUGGUGAUAUAAAGCAAGCCGAUAUCAACACAAUGUUUGAUACAAACGUUAUUGGUAUGAUUGCCAUUACUCAAAAGAUCCUGAAAGGCAUGAAGGAGAGAAACAGCGGAGAUAUUGUUCAAUUGGGAUCCAUUGCUGGCAGAGACCCUUACCCAGGUGGUGGUAUUUACUGCGCAACUAAGGCUGCUCUCAGAUCAUUCACACACUCUUUGAGAAAGGAGCUGAUCGACACCAAAAUCAGGGUCAUUGAAGUCGACCCAGGUAACGUUGAGACAGAGUUCUCAAACGUGAGAUUCUUUGGCGAUAAGGAGAGAGCUAAGAAGGUUUACGAAGGAACAGAACCGCUGAUCGCAAAGGAUAUCGCAGACCUCAUCAUCUUUGCCACUACCAGACGUGAGAAUACCGUCAUCGCAGAGACGUUGAUCUUCUCUACAAACCAGGCAUCUGCAUUCCAUCUCCACAGAGAAACCAAAUAG